UCCCUCCCUCCUUCAGGUCAUUCAACAAAGUGCAAUUCACAGUUUCUCUGUGAAGUCAAACAACCAGAGCAACUCUUAGCGCCUGAAGGUGGCUCCAUCCACAUUCCCUUCUCCUUCUGUCACCUCUGGAAGUUACCCAGUGUUCUCAGCGUGAGUAUAUCCUGGAGAUGGAAACAGUACCAUGGGGAGUUCAUCUACAACACGCUCCGCCUUUCAUCCAUAAUGAUUUCACGAACCGGCUCUCCCUGAACUGGACAGAGGACGGGAGGAGCGGCUUCCUCCAGAUCUCUAACCUGCGGAGGCAGGACAACAGUGUGUACUUCUGCCGAGUCCACUUGACCGCCCGGAAUCAUACCAAGGUGGGGUGGCAGUCCAUCCCUGGGACCAACCUCGUCAUCACCCCCGCCACCAAGAAAACCACCCAAGGCCCUCCCCGCCCCCGCCAACCUCAGUGUCUCUGAGGACAAAAGGAGCUCAAGGUCUUGGCCCCUGAGAACGGAAGCUGUGGUCGUCGCAGCAGGGCAACGUUAAUCGCUGUGCUCAAAAUUGCAAUUUUGUGAGUGACAGUCUACCUCAUGCGGAAGAGAAGCAAAGAUAACUCUCCCUCCCCUUCAUCUACACCUCCCAUUCCAUGAAGCCACCCACAAGAGGUAGUAAGGCAGCCAAAUUUGGUGACUCUGCUCGCUCAAAGAAAUGACAAUGUGGCCACUGCAGAAAGAGGAAGAGAUGGGAAACAAGGAAGGGGCUGAGGCAGUGGGCACUGACACUGACACAUGCUGAAUCUCGCCCUGACUCCUGCAGACCUCAGUCACCUCUCCAUUAUCCUCUGGAAUAAGCCAGGCUGACUGGCAGGGUUCCUAGUUCGUACUGGAUAUUUCGGAGAAGAGUCUAGGUUGCCAUGGGUCCAUUCAUGGGGCAAAGCAAGGGGUACAAGAUUCUGACUGUGGGGUUGGUCUUUCUGGUCUGGGUCCUCUAUUUCCAGAUGUCUUGGCCUGACAGCACCGUCCCUCGGCCCCCAGCACCCCGCCCUGCCUCUCGAUCUGCCUCUGAGUCCACAGAAUCUCCCUCCCUCUUGGACUCUCUCCCCCAGGAGCUUGCCAACCUCACCCACCUUCUGUACUGGCCUCUGACCCCAGAAGAUGAGGGGGACUUUUUGGCCUCCACCAGCCCCCAGGCCUCCACCUACCACCUGAGAGGUCCUGCCCAGACCAGCUAUGCCCUGAGAGGCUACCUGGAGGCCAUCCUUAUCGCCAGAGACCACCGGGGCAGACCCAAGACCCAUGGUGGGGAUCUGUUUCGGGCGCAGCUGCUGGGGCCUGACUUGAAGGCUGGGCUCCCUGGGGACGUCCAGGAUCUGGAGAACGGCACAUACUUGCUGUCCUUCCCCCUGCUCUGGGCUGGGAAGGCCCAAGUACAGGUGCGUCUGAUCCACUCCAGCGAGGCAGUUGGGGUUCUGCGAAGAAUCUGGAGAGAGAAAAGGGCCACAGUUGAUUUUGUGGGCUACUUUCGGGGCCCCACAGGAACUGAAGAGACUGUGAUUUGCAAUGUUGAACCCCAGUCUACUGGAACAAGACGGCCUACCUGCCAGUACAGGGAUGUGGAUUCGGGUGAGCUCUGGUUCUGUGCUCAACCCUCUACCCUGCCUUGCAGCUCUUUAGUUGGGCACUCAAGUGGGCGUUACCUGAAAGUGACUACACCACAGGAUGAGGCCCUGCUGGCGGGGAACGUGACAGACAAGGUGCUCCCUCAGGGCAUUUCUCCAAUCCAGGUCAGAAUGUCAACCCCAGAGAACAGCAGCCUGGCCCUGUCCGCACGGCCCCCUUGCCAUCCUGGGCUCCCGGCUACAAAACCCUCUGGCUUCUACCACCAAGAAGUGUGGCACUCGCUGUCCUGCUCCAGCCGCUCCUUCCCCACUGUUGACAGCAUCCUGGGCUGCCUGGCUGGCCACGUUGUCCACAUGAUGGGAGACUCCACGCUUCGGCAGUGGUGGGAGUAUCUGCGUGACAAAGUGCCCUCCCUAAAGCCCAUGGAUCUACACGCCACAUAUCAAACAGGGCCCCUGAUGGCCGUGGAGACCACUCGGAACAUAGUGCUACACUGGCGGGCCCACAGCUGGCCCCUGCGCUCCCUCCGCACACCAGUGGCCUCCCUGCACUCUGUAGCCCGAGAGCUGGGGGGCCUGGCAGGGGGCCCCCACACCGUGGUGGUGCUGGGGCUGGGUGCCCACUUCACCACCUUCCCUCCAUCCAUCUUUGCACGACGGCUGGCAGGGAUCCGGGCAGCUGUGGCUGCGCUGCUGGCCCGGGAGCCCCGCACUCUCGUGGUCAUCAAACUGGCCAACACUGGCUACAAGUCCGUAUAUGGCAGCGACUGGCUCACCCUGCAGGUGAACCGGCUCCUCCGAGCUGCCUUUGCCGACCUCCGUGUGGCCUUUGUGGACGCCUGGGAAAUGACCUCCAGCCUGGCGGUGCCCGACAACAUCCACCCAGGAAGGCUCAUCGUCGGCAAUGAAGUGGACCUCCUCCUGUCCUUCGUCUGCCCCACCUGAGCGCUUCUGCGGGUCUUGGCACUGUGUGGGUGGAGAAGCUGGAGGGGUGAUCAGGCCUGCAGGCCCUUCCCUGAGCGGACUGUACCCGUUCUCUGACCUCUUCCUAAUGAACUGGCCAUAAAAUCAACCAGCAGGAAUUGGGAUGUGGGUGGUGGCCGGGGAGAGCAGCCUAGCAGUGGUCCAGUGCAACUUGAGAGGUUUAGUUCCCACAUGGAAAAGUAGUGCUAAGAGGGUGAGGGUAGGGACAGAGCUGGCAACAUCUAAUACAUCAGUACAUCUAGUACAUCCAGUAUAGGAGGAUUGUCAUUUCAUGUGUUGGAGUUUCUGUGUGGAGUGUCAACAAGCCUUGCAAAGGCCUAAGACACGGAUUCCAUUUCAGUUUAUCAGAGCCACCCUAGUGGAAAGCCUGAGUAUAUAUGUGAAGACUUUUAUGGACUGAUUGGUAAAAUAAAAUACUUCUCCUAUUUGUCAAAAGUAAUACAUGCUCUGGGCCGGCCCGGUGUCUCAGGUGGUUGGAGCUCCAUGCUCCUAACCCCAAAGGCUGCCAGUU